CACAAAAAUCUCGCAAAUUUCACUGGCUCCGAACUAAACCAAUGGAGAAAAUAUAAUCUCUCUUUCUUCUUCUUCUUCUUCUUCUUCCUUAUUUGAUCUUCACUUCAUCACUUGCGUUGGAAUUCCUGGGUUCAUCAGCAUGAGACUGAUUGUCCCCUUACAAGGCGUAGUUCAAGGAAGAGGAGGCUUAAUCUUCGGCUCGCUAAUCCCCUGUGCGGCUGUGCCCUCUUCUACUUUCUUCAGUUCUACAUCAAACGACACCGUUCGGUUCCAUCUUCAUCUGCUUCGAAUCCUCCGUCGCCGUCCGACUCGUCCACCGACCUGGUUGAACUACCACGGACAUCUUCUCGGCUCAACUUAUCUGGUCGCGGGUCAAUCGGGCGGACCCACAUCUCCUCCCGCGCUAGCUCAAUUGCAAAGCCCAACGAUUCUGCUUACUAUAUUGGAUUAGAGAGGUUCCAGGAGGAUCCGUAUGAUGAAAUCGAUAACCCAGACGGGAUUAUAAAUCUCGGAUUAACUGAGAAUAGGUUGUCGCUGGAUUUGAUUGAGAAGUGGCUUUCGAACAACUUAUGCGAUUCUGCACUUGGAAGUAUUGGCUUGAAUAUCAGCGGAAUUUCUGCCUACCAGCCGUUCGAUGGACUGUGGGAGCUGAAAGUGGCCAUGGCAGAUUUCAUGUCUGAGGCAAUGGGAAGAACAGUUUCAUUUAACCCAUUACAAAUAGUAUUAACUUCUGGUGCAACUCCUGCCAUUGAGAUGUUAUUCUUUUGCUUAGCUGAUCCGGGGAGUGCUUUCCUCGUUCCUACACCCUAUUACCCAGGGUUUGAUAGGGAUGUUAGAUGGAGGACUGGUGUGGAACUUAUUCCUGUACAUUGUCGUAGUUCGGAUGACUUUACACUGAGCAUGGCUGCUAUUGACCAAGCAUUUAACAAUGCCAGAAAGCGGGGUCAAAAAGUUCGUGGAAUACUCCUUUCCAACCCUUCCAAUCCUGUCGGCAACCUCAUGACUAGAGAAUCGCUAUACAAUCUAUUAGAUUUUGCUAGAGAGAAAAAUAUCCAUAUAAUAUCUGAUGAAAUAUUUGCUGGCUCUAAUUACGG